AUGAAGAACGUCAUCGCCCUGGCCUUUGACUACCGCUACGGCUCCAAGGGCAGCAACCGCAUCUUCUACAGCGACAUCCACUUCGGCAACAUCCAGCAGAUCAACGACGACGGCACAGGGCGCAAGACCAUCGUGGAGAAGGGACACUCGUCCCUUCCCAGUGCUGCUGCUGCGGGGAUGGGAGACCUGGACUACACCACCUCCACCAUCACACGGCACACCGUGGACCAGAGCCGCCUGGGUGCCUUCGAGAGGGAGACGGUGAUCACCAUGUCGGGGGACGACCACCCCCGCGCCUUCGUGCUGGACGAGUGCCAGAACCUGAUGUUCUGGACCAACUGGAACGAGCAGCACCCCAGCAUCAUGCGUGCCACUCUCUCUGGUGCCAACGUCCUCAUCAUCAUUGACCAGGACAUACGGACACCCAAUGGACUGGCCAUUGACCACAAGGCUGAGAAGAUCUACUUCUCUGAUGCCACGCUGGACAAGAUCGAGCGCUGUGAAUACGACGGCUCCCACCGCCACGUGAUCUUGAAGUCGGAGCCCGUGCACCCCUUUGGCCUGGCCGUCUACGGCGAUUACAUCUUCUGGACGGACUGGGUGCGCAGGGCUGUGCAACGAGCCAACAAGUACGUGGGCACUGACAUGAAGCUCCUGCGUGUUGACAUCCCCCAGCAGCCCAUGGGCAUCAUCGCUGUGGCCAACGACACCGACAGCUCCCUGAAUUCCACCUGCAACGUGCACGACGAGUUCGAGUGCGGCAAUGGCGACUGCAUUGACUUCAGCCGUACCUGUGACGGCGUGGUCCACUGCAAGGACAAGUCGGAUGAGAAGCAGUCCUACUGCAGCAGCCGCAGGUGCAAGAAGGGUUACCUGCACUGCAUGAACGGGCGCUGCGUCGCCAGCCGCUACUGGUGCAACGGCGUCGACGACUGCGGGGACAACUCGGACGAAGUGCCCUGCAACACCGCCACUGACUGCAGCAGCUAUUUCAAGCUGGGGGUGAAGGGCACCACGUUCCAGAAGUGUGAACACACCUCCCUGUGCUACGCCCCGAGCUGGGUGUGCGACGGGGCGAACGACUGCGGGGACUACUCGGACGAGAGGAACUGCCCGG